GAUCGUGUUUAAAUACCAGGACGUAGAGAGUAUCUAAUUUAUUUCACUAGCAGCCCUCAAAAUUUUAAUUCUCUUGGUUAUGAUGUCUUUUUACUUUACUGCUUUUAUUCAUUAUACUCCUCCUUAUAGUCUUCUUUCUAUGAUCAAUAGACCAUGUUAACGAAGCAGUUAGCAAUCCAUAUACUUUUGACUUUCAUGAGAGAUGUACUCAAACUUACGGUUUAGGAUAACUAACUACUUAUUCCUGAUCACCUGCAAAACUCACCUCUCAUGCAAACACGUCGACGCGCGUUCGUUGCUGAAGAUUCGGACGAUAACUCAGAUGACGAUACAAUAACCAGUGGUGCAAGGUGCCAGCCGUUUGAAAAGUCACAGUUAGCUUCGAAAUCAGAUCAUUCAAUUAAACAACGGUGUUCAAACGAUAAUGGAUCUGAUUCGACUUUACUAAAUACUGAUGGCACUAGCUCUGGUUCUUCUUCACUUUCUUCGGGGCAUAUUAAUGGAGUUAAAGAUGGUGUUAAAAGAAAAAGAAAGCAUUUGCAACAACUUUACCAACCUCCAGUCGAGAUAUUGUUCGAUGGGACAGUACAAGCUGCUGAACUUGCUGCACAAGAAAAACACCAAUGGUUACUUGUCAGUAUACACGAUGAAGGAUGCUUUGAGUGUCAUCUGCUAAAUCGUGAUGUUUGGAAGGAUCCGAAAAUCUACCAACUUAUUAAACGCCAUUGUACUUUUGUACAAAUACCUGUGGAUAGUUCUGAAGGUUUACGCUUCCGUAGUAGUUAUUCUUAUGUUCAAUCAGCUUCCCAUAUAGCUAUUUUGGAUCCGUUUACUGGAGAGCAGAAAAUGAUGUGGACGCAUUUAAAUGAUCCUAAGAUUGUAUAUGAUGUCUUAUAUCAAUUUAUACAACAUACUACGCUAACUAAUCCGAAUAGCAAUACAGAUGUAAUCAACACUACUGCUAUUAAUGAUGGUCAAUACAGUAGUAGUAUUGGUAGUAUUAGCCUUAGUGGGAACGGUAGAACAGAUUCAACUAGUAUUGACAAUCGUUUUAUGAAUUCUGUCCCCCAGACUGGUAUACGAAGAAGACCAGCAGAAGUAGCAAAUGCAGAAAUGCAUCAACAAUUCAAUCAUUUCAAUUUGAAAAGGCCACGUUUACAAACAUCUGACAAUGUACAUUCAUCGGAUGUUGAAUAUAUCGACUUGUCGAAUAGUGUACAUUCAUCUCAAAUAAAUUGUACAACUACUAGUCCGUUAGAUCUAACUGAAGAAGAACAAUUACAACUGGCUAUUGAAGCAUCUAAAAAGGAGGCUAAACGACAAUUGUUCACUGAUGACAGUGAGAUAGUUCUCACAGAUGAUGAAGAUGAUGACGAUGACAAUGAUGAAGAAUAUAUGAAUGGCAAUAGACGUUUAGACACUGAUAUUGACCAACAACAAUGUGAUCAUGAACAAGAUAAAAAGCAAUACACACAUAAUACAUAUGAAGACGAUGAUUGCGUUGUAGUUGACUAUCCUAAAAAGCCUAGCAGUUCAUCAUUUGUUUCGUCGACUACAGCAUUUAUUACAGCAAGAAGACCGUUAAGACCAUCAGAAAAGUUAAGUGAAUCAACAUCCAAUAAUGAUUUGAAAUCAGAUAUUUUGACCGUAUUACCUACUCCAGCACCUGGUGAAGCGGUUAUGGAAUUACUUUUUCGUUUACCCGAUGGUAAUCGUGAAGUCCAUCGACUUCAUCCUACUCUCAAGUUACAGGAUCUACAUUCAUACUUUGAAUAUCGUGGUUAUCCAAUUAAUAGAUAUGAAAUAGUUCGUAUUCAUCCUAAUCUAUGUCUUUCAUCAAUGCAUCAAUCAAUUUCUUUGACAGUUGCCGGUCUGUCCACCAAAGAUACUUUGUUUAUACAAGAACGUUAAAAGUCUUUAAUGUUGUACAGAACUUAUUCUAUGGUUAAUUUUUUAAUCUAUAUAUAUAGUAGUGUUUUAACAUAUCUUUGGGAUUUCUAACCUUAUUGUAAUACUUACCUGCUCUUGUUAAUUGAAUUUGAUCUUUUUGUAUUGAUCUGCAAUUGUA